CGCGAAUUUGAGCCAUACCGCGGUAAGAAACUUUUGUACACACGGGUACACUGGGAAUUGAAGAGCUGUGCUGAAAUAUUUGCUGUUCUUUUCAAAUUUAGUUGAAGAAAAUAAUAUAAGGAUGGAUACAGAUGUGGAUCAACAACUUAGAGAGUAUCAGAGAGAUUAUCUAGAUUUCUUAGAUGAUGAUAAUGACCAAGGCACAUAUCAAGGCAAAGUACGAGACAUGAUAAAGAACAACCAGUACCGUUUAAUUGUGAAUGUCAAUGAUCUACGAAGAAAGCUACCAAAGGUUCUCUUGUUAGACCAAAGAUUGUUAGAAGUGUACACUAUUGCCAAGCAACCAAAAAAACAAUGGAGAGAAAAUAUACAGAUCUUACAUCACUGGAUGCAUUUCCAUCAAGCUCAGUUUAUCCAACAAAAGAUGAUCAAGAAAAUCCUCUUGAAACUGAGUAUGGCUUAUCCAUCUAUAAAGACCACCAAACGCUGACCAUCCAAGAGAUGCCAGAGAAGGCCCCAGCAGGCCAGCUUCCACGGUCAGUUGAUAUCAUCACUGAUGACGAUUUGGUAGAUGAGUGCAAGCCUGGUGACAGGGUUCAGGUGAUUGGUACAUAUCGCUGCCUACCAAGCAAAAAAGGAUCCUUCACAAGUGGAACAUUCAGGACCAUUCUGCUUGCCAACAACAUUAGACUCCUGAGCAAAGAAAAUGUUCCCACAUACUCUGUGAAAGACAUCCAGAAUAUAAAACGGUUUGCCCGCAACAAAAAAGAUGAUGUGUUUGAAUUGUUGGCACGGUCAAUAGCACCCUCAAUCCAUGGACAUGAGUACAUCAAGAAAGCGGUGCUUUGUAUGUUGCUUGGGGGGAUGGAAAAAGUUCUUGAAAAUGGCACACGACUUCGUGGAGAUAUCAAUGUCCUUCUAAUUGGUGACCCAUCCACUGCUAAAUCACAAAUGCUUAGGUAUGUGCUGCACACUGCACCAAGGGCCAUUCCAACUACAGGUCGGGGUUCAUCAGGUGUUGGUCUCACUGCAGCCGUCACAAUGGACCAGGAGACUGGAGAACGAAGACUAGAAGCUGGUGCUAUGGUACUUGCUGAUAGAGGAGUGGUGUGCAUCGAUGAAUUUGACAAGAUGAGUGAUCAAGAUCGUACAGCCAUCCAUGAAGUAAUGGAACAGGGACGUGUUACUAUCGCCAAAGCGGGCAUCCACGCCAAAUUGAAUGCACGGUGCAGCGUCUUGGCAGCCGCUAACCCUGUAUAUGGAAGGUAUGAUGAGUAUAAAACUCCAAUGGAAAAUAUUGGCCUUCAGGACUCUCUUCUGUCUCGUUUUGAUCUCAUCUUCAUUGUUCUUGAUCAAAUGGACCCAGAGCAAGAUCGUCGAAUCUCCGACCACGUGCUACGAAUGCAUCGAUAUCGCAAUGCCAAUGAGCAAGAUGGGGAUGCUCUUCCAAUGGGAAGCUCAGUGGAUCUCUUGGCAACGAAGGAUCCUGAUACCGUUGAGCAGGAAGAAGGGGAGGAUGUGCCGAUCUACGCCAAGCACGAUAACCUGCUUCAUGGAAAGAAAAAAAAGCAUCAAUAUGUAAACAUGGCCUUCAUGCGAAAGUAUGUACACAUUGCGAAGAGCAUUAAGCCGGCAUUGACCCGUGAAGCGGCCGAAUUUAUUGCUGAUGAAUACUCUAAGCUACGUAGCCAAGAGGCUGUUGCAGCUAACACAGCACGGACACAACCCAUCACGGCACGAUCCCUGGAGACCAUGAUUCGACUCGCGACUGCUCAUGCAAAGGCUCGGCUGAGCAAGACCGUCGACUUGGAGGACGCCCAGGCCGCGCAUGAGCUUAUUCAAUUUGCGAUAUUCAAAAAAGUUUUGGAGAAGAGGAAAAAGAAGCGAGGUAGUGAUGAUGAAGAGGGGGAGAGUGAAGAAGAGGAAGAAGAAACAGUAGAACCAGAAACAAGGAAACGAAAGAAAAGAUCAAGAAAAGAUGCAGCCAAGAAGGCCGCAAAGAAAGGAGAAGAAGGCUACGACCCCUAUGAUUUUGACAGUUUUGAUGAAGAUGAGGAAGGAGUUGCUAUCACACCAAAAUCUGUAAGCAUAGAAGAUGAAAGCGAGGAACCAAUGGAUACUGCAGAAUCACAAACAAUUUCAGAAGAAAGAUUAAAAUCUUUUAAAGCUGUACUUCAGAAAAUGUUUGCCGACCAGCAUGUCCAGCAGCUGGAGAUUGCGAAAGUGAAAGCAGCAAUCAACAAGGCAUUUCCGAUGGAGAUAUUCACCGCCGAGGAGUUCCAAUCCGCGCUUAACACCAUGCAAGACGCAAAUCAAGUCUACGUCUCUGGAAACCUUAUUUUCCUUAUUUAAAUUCCAGUCUGGACACUGAAUACUAUGAUAGACAAAAUAGAAACAUGUCUGAAACUAAGCUACAAUGUCUGGACCUUUAACAAUAUCCAAGUGAUGGGGCUUAGGCAAAGACUUUUUUAUAAGUUGUUUCGCGAACCCGCCACCCGCCAAUAUUAAUUAUUUAGAAUAAAAAUAAAAUGUUACUUUUGGUCAAUUAGCACACCCGCUGCCACAAAAACAUGGAAAUUUCAGGAAAAAAAUAACAAUGUUUCUUUAUUUUUAUUACGUCCACUGCUGCUUUGAAAUAUCCAACAAUAUGUAUACUUCUCGAUAAUUACAUAACUUUAACCAUCCCAUUACUACACUGAUUACAUUCAACAAUAUAAUGUAUAAUUUUUAUUUUAUCAUCAGUUUGGAUGUUUUUGGCAAAUCCAUUUGCUAAAUAAGAAAACUAAAAUUUGUUGUUAUUUUUCUUCUGCCCUGGUCUGGCUAUCAUUAAACAAACAAGUUCUCUUCAGUCUGUAUGUUUUUGGCAGCAAAACAAUUUGCCAAAUAAGAAAACUAAAUUUUUUAUUGCGAAACAUGGUAUAUAAAAGAAGUCUUGCCUUUGAUGAAUGGUCCAUUGGCUCACAGGAAAUCGUAAGAUUUUCAUAGUAAAAAAAUUAAAGCAGACAAUAUACAGUAUGUUUUAAGGCAUCUAAUAAUGUGAUUUUAGUAAUCACAAGGUUCUGUUGGGCAUUGAACCUACUACUGCCAGAAUUACUAGCCCUAUACGAGAAAAUUAGAACACUCGGCUUGUAUUGAUGUUUGCUUUAAAAACAAUUUUUACAAUAUGCAACGCUAGUGUUAAAUACCAGUCUUAUAAAGAAGAGAACGAAAUUGUAUAUAUUUUUUAUUUAUGGUUGAAGAAACUGGUCUUAUAUCUAUCAUUGUUGAAAGUAUAAGACCCUAAAGGGACCGUUGUUAUGCUUUAAUUACUAUAAUUGUUUCAUUCUCCAUAAUUAACUCAAUAUGAUGUAAAUUCAUUCAAUGAUUUAUUCAAUAAAAAAACUAUUAGUUGUUGGGUA